AUGCCUCCACCAACAAACACACCAAACCCCGCGGCAAAACGUAGAAGAUGCUUAAUCUACAUUGCCCUUGCAAUCCUACUCCAAACCCUAAUCAUAGUAGCCUUCGUUCUCAUCUUCAUGCGCAUAAAAUCCCCCAAACUCCGCUUCCGCUCCGUCACCGUCGACAGUCUAACGGCGAACUCGGCGUCAUUCAACGCUAGACUCACCGGAGAAGUGGCGGUGAAGAACGUGAAUUUCGGGAAAUUCAAAUAUCCCGAGAGCACCGUGUCGUUUCUCUACCGGGGAAGCAGCGUUGGCACCUCUCGGAUCCCCAGCGGUCGGGCGAAGGCGCGGGAUACGGAGAAGCUCAACGUGACGGUGGCGGUGGAGGCGAAGAAUGAUCGGAAUUUGGGCGGCGACUUGAGCUCCGGUAAGAUCACGUUGAGUAGUAAAGCGACGGUGGAAGGGAAGGUUCAUCUGUUUAACGUUAUCAAGAGGAAGAAGACGGCGACGAUGGAUUGCACCAUGGAUGUUGAUACCAAGACUCGAGUGGUUCAGAAUUUGAGAUGCGAUUGA